UACAAUAUGUGAUCUAUCUCUGUUCCCGCUAAUAAAAGCAAUAAUUCUGAUUGUGAUCUUGUUGGUUCCCUAGGUUCCUAGCAGCAUGUCAGAAGAACUGGGCAAUAUAAACAUAUGUUUAUAAAGUAUCUCCAUAUAUAUCUGGAAUCCAACUCGUCAUUUUACGAUAUCCCAUUUCAAAAUUUCAAGAUGGAUGCCCUCCUGAAACGUUUGGGAAUGAGGAAUCUUGAACAGAGAUUUGCUGAUGAAAAGAUUGAUCUAGAUAAUAUUCUUAGUUUAAGCGAUCAGGAUUUGACAAGAAUCGGUGUCAGCACAAUUGGUGAAAGAGCUAGACUUAGGAAAGAAGCAUUGGACGUUAAUAAGCAAUCUGAAAUAGGCGUAGAUCGCGAGCUGGAUUCAGAUACACGACUGCCGUCACUACGCAGACCUACUGGCAGUAGGCCUAGAUCUAUAGGCUUAGGAAUAAAUUCUGUUUACAGUCAUAGGAAUUCUCUGUUUUCGGGCAGAAGUGGAAGGAAAGCAAAUAGGGCAAAAUGUAAAACAAGGGCCAGGGGUUGGACAGUUUCCGCGAUAUGUUUAUCAGACAAAGACCAAGACAAAGUACCAUCGAGCGAUAUCAAAGAACAGUUGUUUAAAGCUGGACUAGGAUUAAAGAAAAUAAGAUUAGAUAUGAAUGAUGAUGUAAAUGAGGUAAUGGAUAAACUUUCAACAGACGAAUUAAACAGUGACGGUGAUGAGUCCAUUGGAUUUCCACAAUUAAAAAACUGUGGGGGUUAUGAAUUGCUGAAAUGUCAAUCUAAUAACCGAACCUUAUCUGUCAUUGACUGUGAUUGGAAUACAAAGAGUUUAAAAGCAGUUCUUGGUGCUCAAGCCAAAAUAUUUAUACGGCCCAUACAACAAAAUUUACCACUUGAGCCAAAAAGAAAAGUCAAAGAGAAUGAGGAUCCAAGUCUUGAUCAACAAGCAAUAGAAAAAUGCCGAACAUGCGGUGAAAGUGUUCCAAUUGUACAACUCCGACAACAUUGUCUGUCAUGCAUAACACCAGAUAGUGGAAACAUUGAUGCCAGUAAAACAAAUGAUCUUUCUGUAUAUCAAGAUGCAGGUCAAGAUGAUCAAACAGAACUGCCUGAUCCAGGUUUAUUUCAGGUGCCAACUGCAAGAAAUGAGAGCUUAUCUGUUCUUACUAGAGAUGAAAGUUUUUCUGGCUCUGCAAGCACUUCUACAGUCACAGGAAGUACAGAAACAAUUUUGUAUUUUGUUUCAAACCAACCAACGGAAAUGUUUGAGACUUCUGGCACAACUUCCAGUUAUUCCAAUAUCCAAAACAUCACAAGCAAUAACUAUCAGCCCAUGAAUGUUAUAGCUACAAGCACUACAGCUAUUUACCCAGGUGACCUGUCCACAGAGAAUCCAAGUGAUAUAGAUUUGGUUACUGCGAAUACAAGGGAGCUGUCUGCAGAAGCAACAAUCCAAACUGAAAAGAAUACUCCAAUGGUUGCCUUGGUAUCCAGUGCUAUAAGUUACUGCAUCACUCAGAAAAUUGACAAUCCUGUUGAAAUUUUGAGGUAUUUGCAGAGUGUUCUAGUGACAGGGCGCAACCUUGAAGUACAUGACCCAUCGCAAGUUGAUGAAGGCAGCACAAGUUUUAUUCUGGUUGAUCGAGAAAAUAUCAUUGAAACAGCUUUUGAUGAAAUAAAUGGAAUUGAGAAUGUCAGAGACACGUUGGAGGUUCAGUUUUAUGACGAGGUUGCAAUAGACUACGGAGGACCACGGAAAGAAUUUUUUCGACUUGUCAUAUCUGCAGUGAUGGACAGAUAUUUUAAUAAUGGCUUGAGGGAGCACAUGGCAAUAGAUUACAAAACCGUUGGGAAAGUCAUCAGCUUAAGUAUCCUGCAGAAUGGGACAAUACCCCACCUGGAUGAAAAUAUUAUCAAUGAAAUAUUUUUUGAUGACAACCCUUCUCCUUGCAUUAGGAAUCUGCAGAUGCGUCUGGAUAUUCUUGGCAUACGUCAGGUUGGAAAACAACUGCCAAUGUUUUUGCAUCUUCUAAGGCCAAACAGUUCAAAAACUAUGACUUACAAGCUGUUGACACAUCUGCUGAAGCCAAGUUUUUCAGAAGAAGGGUCCAAUGCAAGGAUGUUUGAGAGCUCCUUAUAUGCCGCAUUUGUCAGAUAUUUGAGAACAGCUGCAAGUGGAAGAAGGGAAGGUGUAACGUUGUCUAAAGUUUUACAGUUCGCAACUGGUGCCAGUGAGGAACCAGUCCUUGGAUUUACCCUUCAUCCAUCCAUAGAUUUUCAUGAAGUCCUGCCUUCAUCAAGCUUUCUUCCAACAGCGAAUACGUGCAUCAACUGUUUAAAAUUAGCUAGGGCAUCACUUGAGAUCCCUCAGCCACCAGAUAAUGAUCUAUUUAUGUUAUUUGACUAUGCUUUCUGCAAUACAUAUUAUGGACUGCACUGAAAUUCAUUAGAAAUCAUUAAAACCGACAUCUGAUUUGAUUAGUUGAUACGUGAUGUCAGAGAAUGUUUGUUUAGAAACUCUGAUUUGAUUAUUUGAUACGUGAUGUCAGAGAAUGUUUGUUUAGAAACUCUGAUUGGAUUAGUUGAUACGUGAUGUC